CUAGCCCCUGCCGUAUCACAACUUACGGAUUACCGACUCUACGUCUUGAGACUCAGUCUUUGCGGAUUAACACAUAUUACUGCGGAGCCUGACCUAAUCCUCGAUGCCCUUAUAACUGACCUGUGGUAGGAUUUGCCGUGUUUUACGUGGAGCGUUCUCACAAUACGGGUACAAACACCUGUCACUACGUGGUUCACGGGAUCUUACUCCUGUCUUCGGAUUUCUCUGUGUGACUUGUUCGGAUAUCCACAGUUGUUGUUGUUUUUUUUUUUCUUGUUUCACAAUGUCACAUUUUAUUGAUAAAAUAUUCGGCCAGAAGCACGGGGGUCAUGGCAAACACGGUGACCACGGAGCUAAAGGUGAAUCCGAUCAUCAUCAUCAUCACCAUCAUCACCAGAAGCAACAAGAUUUCUUCAAAGAGUUUCUGGCAAAGGCUAAAGAUGAAUUUCAGCAGAAAUGGGAUCACCCAUCACAGAACACAGCCUGUCUUGAUGACUUUGACAGGAUAAAGACUUUGGGUACUGGGUCCUUUGGUCGGGUCAUGUUGGUACAACAUAAAACUUCCAAAGAAUACUAUGCUAUGAAAAUUCUUGAUAAGCAGAAGGUGGUGAAGUUGAAGCAAGUAGAACACACAUUAAAUGAGAAGAGGAUAUUACAAGCAAUUACCUUCCCAUUUCUUGUUAGUUUAGAAUAUCAUUACAAGGAUAAUUCCAAUUUGUAUAUGGUCUUAGAAUUUGUGACAGGGGGUGAAAUGUUCUCACAUCUCAGGAGGAUAGGAAGGUUUAGUGAGCCGCAUUCCAGAUUUUACGCAGCACAAAUUGUCUUGGUCCUCGAAUAUUUGCACCAUUUGGAUAUUAUGUACAGAGAUUUAAAACCCGAGAAUUUGCUCGUUGAUUCGGUGGGCUAUCUCAAGGUGACAGAUUUUGGGUUUGCUAAACGUGUGAAAGGCAGGACUUGGACACUGUGUGGAACUCCAGAGUACUUAGCUCCUGAAAUCAUCCUCAGCAAGGGUUACAACAAGGCUGUGGACUGGUGGGCACUAGGAGUUCUGGUCUAUGAAAUGGCAGCUGGAUACCCGCCUUUCUUUGCUGACCAGCCUAUUCAGAUCUAUGAGAAAAUUGUCUCUGGCAAAGUGCGUUUCCCCUCCCAUUUCAGCUCAGAUUUGAAAGAUCUGUUACGAAACCUUCUCCAGGUGGAUUUGACAAAGCGCUAUGGCAACUUAAAGAAUGCAGUGAAUGACAUCAAGAACCACAAAUGGUUCUCCACUACAGAUUGGAUAGCUAUCUACCAGAAGAAGGUGGAAGCUCCCUUCAUUCCCAAGUGCAAAGGUCCAGGUGAUGCAAGCAACUUUGAUGACUACGAGGAGGAGCCUUUGAGGAUUUCUUCAACAGAGAAAUGCGCGAAAGAGUUUGCUGAUUUCUGAGGAGGAUUGGAGGUGGACUAUUACCAGCAACCCAUGUUCUAUUAACCACGUGUGCACCUUUUAUAUCUAACACUGAUAGUUGAGGCUGCUAUGUAGUAGAGAAGGGGAGCUUACAGACUUUGGCCCUGCCUCGAUCCAGGGUGCUCUGUCUCCAGACGUUUGCCUCUCAACAACAUUUCAUCUUGGUGCAAUAUUCUGUGUCAGAGGUACCGGACAUGUUCAGAUUGAGAGGACCAGGAGGGGUAAUCCUGGUGGCCAAACCUGGUUGAACAGGGUGAGGUGAACACGGCUGGUGUGUCGAGUGCACUGAUGCACGACCAAGCUACCAGAUACACGGUUAGCAUGGAUUGUGCCAGACCCCAGCUUCAACCACUGUCUCUUCAUCAGACCAGACAGAUUUCCAUCUUAGGUAUAUUUAUUUGCCCUUUUUUGGUAGAAUGUUGUAUCGUACAGUGUGAAUAAAUAAUAUUGGCAUCUGCAGGUGUCUACUAGUCAAUAGGAGCGAAUAGAAUUGAUUGAAGUUGCUCAAGCGCUACUGAUUAUCCUCAGUGAUUAAUAACAUUCUUAUAUUUUAAGAUGUGGAAACCAACUUACAAUCAGGUGCCAGUAAAUGGCCCUACCCCUCUUCACAUGGCCUGACCUAGCCUAUUGGCCAGGUACGGUAUUCAUAUGAAGGGCUAUAAACACUGGGUAUUUCAUCUGUAGAAUCAUUUUCUGUCCUUCAGAAGGGAAAACGGCCAAGACAGGCCUGUAUGAGGAGUGGUCUGUGUGUUAAACACAUGUUCAUCAGAACAUCCUCUCUAUGGAUGUUACACACAAAUGGUGGAAAAGGUGGCCUGCUAAUAAUUUUCCUUGUCAUGUUUUUUUUUUUUUUUUUCUUUUUUUUUUUUUUAAAUUGUGUGUUAAUUAUUUUUUUCUUGAAAUUUUCAACCCAUGGCUUGUCCUCAGUUGUUAUAAAUCAUAUCAGAGUUUUAAGACUUGAUCUUUUAUUAUAUUUGAUGAUUUUAGAUCGGACUGUUAGGCAGUAUCAAGUUUUAAUUUGGUACCAUCUUGUGUAUAGUGCAUGCUGCCAGUGAUAAUACACGUUUGAUGUCCCUUUCUCCAAGAGCUGACAGCUGCAUAUGUAUAUAAAUAUAUAUAUAGUGUUAUCUAGAGUGAUAUCUUUACAACCAAACCAGGAAUCUCACACUGUGAAGGACUAUAACUGGUUUAUUAACCCAUUAAUCACUCACUAGCUGCCCCUUUCCCUGAGCUGAACAAAGCUCAUUUUACAUGUAAGAUGCAGAUGUUUUGGCUUUGUGUGUCCCCAUUCAUGUAAGGAGACAUCGACAUGAUGUGAGACACUGAUAGGUUUACCUAGCUGGAAGGUUGAUGGGGAAUGAUUCCUAGAGCUGCCUUCAGGCUUUAGUCAGUUUCUGUGUCCUCAUGCAUAUAAGGAGACGCCAGCAUGAUAUCUGAGACACUGAUAGGUUUACCUAGCUGGAAGGUUGAUGAGGAAUGAUUCCUAGAACUGUCUUCAGGCUUUAGUCAGUUUCUGUGUCCCAAUGCAUAUAAGGAGACGCCAGCAUGAUAUCUGAGACACUGAUAGGUUUACCUAGCUGGAAGGUUUAUGAUGAAUGAUUCCUAGAGCUGCCUUCAGGCUUUAGUCAGUUUCUGUGUCCCAGUGCAUGUAAGGAGACAUCGACAUGAUGUGAGACACUGAUAGGUUUACCUAGCUGGAAGGUUGAUGAGGAAUGAUUCCUAGAUCUGUCUUCAGGCUUCAGUCAGUUUCUGUGUCCCAAUGCAUAUAAGGAGACGCCAGCAUGAUAUCUGAGACACUGAUAGGUUUACCUAGCUGGAAGGUUGAUGGGGAAUGAUUCCUAGAGCUGCCUUCAGGCUUUAGUCAGUUUCUGUGUCCCCAUGCAUAUAAGGAGACAUCGACAUGAUGUGAGACACUGAUAGGUUUACCUAGCUGGAAGGUUGAUGAGGAAUGAUUCCUAGAUCUGUCUUCAGGCUUCAGUCAGUUUCUGUGUCCCAAUGCAUAUAAGGAGACGCCAGCAUAUCUGAGACACUGAUAGGUUUACCUAGCUGGAAGGUUGAUGAGGAAUGAUUCCUAGAACUGUCUUCAGGCAGAUGAAGGCUUCAGUCAGUUUCUGUGUUCUGUAUAGCCUUCACACUUCUAAGCAAUUAUUAUUGAGAUUUGUGGAUAUAUAUAAAAAUAAAAGACUAUUAAAAGAGUAUCUUUUUUGAAUAAUUGCAUAUAGCCCUUUUAUAUAAAUCAUUGUCAUAACUGACCGCAUUUUUUUUUUU